CAUCAAUCAGCAAUAACCACAAGCCCAGGCGGACAGGAAGUAGGCGGGGUAAAAGGCGCAGUGUCCAGCGUAGCAUCACUCAACCUAUCAACAUCAAGUAUUCCGAAGUGGGCUGGAUAUCUGAGUGGCCAUGAAAGCUGGAAACUCGCUUCAAAUUAAAUACUUCUCGAUUUCUUUCACCUUUUUCUGUCCCUAACCAGCCUCUAUUUUCUCUUGUUAGAAUUCGUAGUGGGAAAUUCUCACAUUGGUUGUUACCAAAUCCACCUACCGUUAGGCCUCUAGUCCGAGUCUAACUUCCCGCCGCAAUCAUGCUCCAAAAAGACGUAGCCGCGAAUUUUUCCGACUACUUGCAAAGGGCGUCGAAGGAGCAAUCUUCUGUUGUCGAGCGCAUGAAAGAGUUUAUUGCCUGUGGAGAGCGAAUCAAACACCAAUUGGAAUCGAAUUAUCUGGAUUUAGCUUCCUAUGAACCGAUUAGUGAAGUCCCUGUAAAUACUACUCCCGAGGAAGCCCCCGCAACGAAGAUCUCUCCUGAUACUCAGGAGACCUAUAAUCAACUAAAUCAUGUUUCGUCAUGUACGAAGCGUGAGUCGUCCGUCUCUUCUAUCAAGAGUCGCACGCGGUCAAAAUGCCCACCUAGACGAUCGCGAGCCAGUGUGACGUCUGGUACAGUUUCUGAUACAGAGUUUUCUUGCCAACCACAAUUUGGGAAACUAUGGAAGCCUGAUGAAAUAGCUCCUACUUCGACCCGGGACACUGCCGUCAGCGACGAACUGGACUCAAGUAUGCCUAUUGGAGAGCCUGAGAAAUGCCUCAGUCAAGAAGAACUUAUCGCCGAGGUCAAAGGUAUAUAUGCCGGUCUCGUCAUGGUGGAAUCUAAAUGCAUUGAGGUCGAUAACUUCCAAGAACAACCCAUCGCCGAGGUCAAUGGUAUAUAUGCAGGUCUUGUCAUGGUUGAAUCCAAAUGCAUUGAGGUCGAGGAUUUUCAGCCGACGCAGGACAAAACCCGAUUGGACAAUAGGGAGCGGAAAACAAAUAUUGCCCGUCUAGCUUCCCUACACGAAACAAGCCUGGCUUUCGAGGACGACGAUCCCAAGCAUAUCACAUCCACAAAAUCCUUGACCGUAGAAAGGCUACGUGAAUGCAUGGAACGUCUUGAGGCCGCAAGUUCUAAUCUUUCCUCCUCAUUCCGGGAGCCUUUCGUGGCUCUAUUUGAUGCAAUCAGUGACUGGACUGCUCGUCUCGUUGACGAUAAACCUGGGCUAGAGAGAUACAAGGAAUCGCAUAGGAUCAUCGUCAAGAACCUUUGGCGCCUCAUCCGAUCUCUUCGUCCAUCCUUAUUCAUGCCUCUAGUCUCAUCUUUUCAUAAAGCCUGUGCUUCGCCCCUUCGAGCCGUUCCGGGUAUUGAAGAUGGCAAAUCUCAGGAUCCAUUGGCUUUUAGCAUAUUUUGGUACACAUGCUUGCUCGGUGUGGUUCUAGGAUAUAUUGCUCUUGCUGUAUAUCAUCGUGAUAGAAGCUUUCUAGGAGUAGGUAUGGGCGUAUCAGCCUGGGCAUACCUAGCCAUGGUUUUGGUGGGCGAUGAACCCAUUCAUGUUAUUGUCAGGUGAGUCGUCGAGCCUACUCUAUAGCUUCUACCUUCGGCUUUAUCUUGGUACGUUUUCCUGGGUGCUAAUCGUAAUUAGUGCCGGCACCGUAUGUGCUUUUUUUACUUCCAUGUGGAUGUCUCUUGAUCUCCACGAAAGCGGGAUGAGAAAAAGCAGGCAGCAACUUUCAAAGUAUUGCAUCAUCAUUAGCUCCCUGAUAAUCGAUGCUGCUAUUAGCUUUUUGCUAGCACCUUCGGAAAACUUCCUUCUCGGAGCACAGAAGACUCAAUCACCAGGUUUCAUGAUGGUGGUGUUCGGUGUGCCGUGUGCAACUCUCUCAGUCGUCUUGUUCAAGAUGAUUCGAACAGUUGCUGCGAUCCUCGUCGAACCAAACGCGCCACUUGUUGGGAAUGUCACUCCCGACGCCGAAUCCUGAUCGAAAGUCUCUAAAGGUUAGAUUGUAGUCAGGUGAUAUCAAAGGAAUGUAUCUUAGUCUAGAAAGGAUCUGUAUAGUUGCCCGUUACAGGGCCUGUUGACUUCUAUUCAAGUCUUGAAGAUUCGGGAGCACCUAGUCAGAUACAAUUCAUAACCUGCAAUGCUACAAUUAACCAACCUAGCAUUAGAUGGUACUUGCUCAGGUGACCCUA